AUGAGCAAGAACCUGAUCUUGGUGCCACAGAUCAACAAGCAUGGCAAGUUCCAAGUCGUGUUUGACGGGUCCAAGAUGUAUGUGACUCGCAAGAACUCACAGCAAGUGAUGCCGACAGCGGAUCUAGUGGAUGGACUUUACUGGAUUCGUACGACUCAGCGAUUAGCAAAUGUGGCAACAAAAAGAAACAGUUGUGCUGGUCUACAUGCGUGA